UCGGCUUGCUAUGGUGAUAGUGGUCAUUGGUAUAAAACCAGCCAUCUUGACGAUUUAGUUCUAUUCAUUCAUUAACAUCGUUCGAGUCACAACGUUCAUUUGUUUUUAAGAAAUUUCAUACAAGUUUACCUGCGAAUAUUAACAUUAAUUAGAACAAAAUGGCUGCAACAAAAGCACCCGCAGUUGGUAUUGAUUUGGGUACAACAUACUCAUGUGUAGGAGUUUUUCAACAUGGAAAAGUUGAAAUUAUCGCAAACGACCAAGGAAACCGUACCACACCUUCAUAUGUGGCCUUCACAGACACUGAGCGUCUUAUUGGAGAUGCCGCCAAAAAUCAAGUGGCCAUGAACCCAAAUAACACAAUUUUCGACGCCAAACGUUUAAUUGGACGUCGUUUCGAAGAUGCCACAGUCCAAGCCGACAUGAAACAUUGGCCAUUCGAUGUCAUCAGUGAUGGCGGCAAACCUAAACUCAAGGUUGAAUACAAAGGUGAAGCCAAGACAUUCUUCCCAGAAGAAGUCAGUUCAAUGGUAUUAACAAAAAUGAAGGAUACAGCUGAAGCAUAUUUAGGAAAAACUGUUACAAACGCCGUAAUUACCGUACCUGCAUACUUCAACGACUCACAACGUCAAGCCACCAAAGAUUCCGGUACCAUUGCUGGAUUAAAUGUAUUACGUAUUAUCAACGAACCAACAGCCGCAGCCAUCGCUUAUGGUCUCGACAAGAAAGGCGUUGGUGAACGUAAUGUAUUAAUCUUCGAUUUGGGUGGCGGUACCUUCGAUGUAUCCAUCUUAACAAUUGAAGAUGGUAUCUUCGAAGUAAAAUCAACUGCUGGAGAUACUCAUUUAGGUGGGGAAGAUUUCGACAACCGUAUGGUAAAUCAUUUCGUUCAAGAAUUCAAACGAAAAUACAAAAAAGACUUAACAACAAAUAAACGUGCUUUACGUCGUCUUCGUACAUCAUGUGAACGUGCAAAACGUACUUUAUCAUCAUCCACCCAAGCAAGUAUUGAAAUCGACUCCUUAUUCGAAGGUAUCGAUUUCUAUACAUCAAUCACUCGUGCUCGUUUCGAAGAAUUAAACGCUGAUUUGUUCCGUUCAACCAUGGAACCUGUUGAGAAAUCAUUACGUGAUGCUAAAAUGGAUAAAGCUCAAAUCCAUGAUAUCGUAUUGGUUGGUGGAUCCACACGUAUUCCAAAAGUACAAAAAUUAUUACACGAUUUCUUCAAUGGUAAAGAAUUGAACAAAUCUAUCAAUCCUGAUGAAGCUGUUGCCUACGGUGCCGCAGUACAAGCUGCCAUCUUACAUGGUGACAAAUCUGAAGAAGUUCAAGAUUUAUUACUUUUGGAUGUCACUCCAUUGUCAUUGGGUAUUGAAACAGCUGGUGGUGUUAUGACAGUAUUGAUUAAACGUAACACUACCAUUCCAACCAAACAAACUCAAACAUUCACCACCUACUCUGAUAACCAACCUGGAGUACUUAUCCAAGUAUAUGAAGGUGAACGUGCCAUGACCAAGGAUAACAAUAUUCUUGGAAAAUUCGAACUAACAGGCAUUCCACCUGCACCACGUGGUGUACCACAAAUUGAAGUAACAUUCGAUAUUGAUGCCAACGGUAUCUUGAAUGUAACAGCUGUAGAAAAAUCAACCAACAAAGAAAACAAGAUUACAAUUACCAACGACAAAGGACGAUUGAGCAAGGAAGAUAUUGAACGUAUGGUGAACGAUGCUGAGAAAUACCGUAGUGAAGAUGAAAAACAAAAGAACACCAUCUCUGCUAAGAAUGCAUUGGAAUCAUACUGUUUCAACAUGAAGAGCACAAUGGAAGAUGAAAAAUUAAAAGAUAAAAUCACUGAAUCUGAUAAGACAACAAUCAUGGAUAAAUGUAACGAAGUUAUCAGGUGGUUGGAUGCUAAUCAAUUAGCUGACAAAGAAGAAUAUGAACACAAACAAAAGGAAUUAGAAAACUUAUGCAACCCAAUCAUUACAAAACUCUACCAAGGUGCUGGUGGACCACCUGGUGGUAUGCCCGGUUUCCCAGGCGCUGGUGGUGCUGCACCUGGUGGUGGAGCUCCUGGUGCUGGAGGUGCUGGACCUACUAUUGAAGAAGUUGAUUAAACCAUUCAAACAUCUCAAAUCACAUGUUAAUAGUCAUUACGUCAGUAUUACGUACUUUAAAAUGCGCAUUUUAUUGUGAUAUGCUGAUUUCUUGGCUAAUUGUCGUUCAAAUUUUUAUUUUUAAAAAGCUCAUGCGCGCAGACAUUUCUUAAAUUCAAAUACAAUGUUUUUUAUUUAUGUUUUUUGUCUAUUUGUCUUUUUUUAUUAUUGUAUUCAUUUUUUAUGUUUCAAAAUUUUUACAUAAGUACUAAAGUAAUAAUUUAUCAAAAAGAAUGAAAAUUUGUAACAACAAUCAAUUACGCUUUUGUGUACUCGAAAAAAAAAAAUUAAAUGAAUCAAUCAAUGUAACAUCCCAGUUUUUAUUGCAUUUCUUUGAUCAAUAAAAAUCAAAUGAACGAA